AAAAUAGUGAGGUUAUGGCACUUUGUUUUGGUUUUCUCUUCGAAAAUUGCUUGAAUAAAAUCGCUUUUUAAACUAGGUUUUAGCAUGGUUAUCCCAAAAAUAAGUUUAUAAACUUUUAGUUUAGGUUCUCGAGAGUGAGAUUUGUGUGUAAUUCCAAAAUGUCCUUGAGUAUUUCACCGCGAAUUCUUAGCAAAUUCAAACACUUGUUGAGAAUCGGUCCUCGAAGGCAUUUUUCCAAGGAAAACCCUGUUUCAAAGACCAGGAAUAUCGGGAUUCUCGCUCAUAUCGAUGCCGGAAAGACCACAACAACUGAGCGAAUGCUCUUCUAUUCUGGGAAGACCAGGACACUUGGGGAAGUUCAUCAUGGGAACACUGUAACGGAUUUCUUGGAUCAGGAACGCGAAAGAGGGAUUACAAUUUGCAGUGCUGCUGUUACUUUCCCUUGGGAUCAGGCCAAGAUCAAUCUCAUAGACACUCCUGGCCACAUAGACUUCACAAUGGAAGUGGAAUUGAGCCUCGGAGCUGUGGAUGCUGCAGUUGUGAUCCUGGACGCUUCGGCAGGAGUGGAGGCUCAGACAUUGACUGUCUGGAGUCAGGCUGAUCGGUAUAGUCUCCCUAGGAUUGUGUUUGUGAAUAAAAUGGACAGGGACGAUGCUGAUUUCUUGGGGUGCCUGGAAGAUCUCAAAAAGAAUCUGAAAGUUGUUCCUGUUCCUCUGCAAAUUCCAAUAAAAGGGAAAAAGGAAUUAGCAGGAAUUGUGGAUGUUGUGAGGAGGAAAUUGCUCACUUGGAAUGCCAAGAAUGAAGGGCUUAGCUACAAAAUCUCUUCACUUCCUGAGCAUCUUUCUGAGGAGUGUGAAGCCAAAAGGGCAGAAUUGAUCGACUGUCUGUCGGGAUUGGAUGAUGAUCUUGCAGAGAUUGUCAUCUCCCGGGACUCUCUCUCAGACAUUGACCCAGAAACUGUCCAGAACGCCAUCCGGAGAGCGACAAUCAGCCGGAAAAUUGUCCCAGUUCUCAUGGGAUCGGCAUACAAAAAUACCGGAGUUCAGACUCUUCUGGACGCCGUUGUUAGCUAUUUUCCCAAUCCCUGUGAAAGGUACAAGGAACUGGCUCCUUUUGAGGGGGAUUUUAUUGCGAGGGUCUUUAAGAUCAUGCACGACAAACAAAGGGGCCCAUUGACUCUCUUUCGGGUUCUCAGCGGAAGUUUGAAGAGGAACGGGAAGGUUACAACGGGAAGAGGAGGCUCAGAAGUAGCCCAGAAGAUUUAUGAACCUCUGGCCAAUGAGUACAGAGAAAUCGAGGAGGUUUCCUCAGGAGAUAUUGGUAUUUGUGCGGGAUUGAAGACAACAAAGACUGGAGAUCUGUUGGUUGGCAGCUCGGCUGUUCUUAAGAAACUUCAGAAAAAGUUCCCAAAAGCACUUCCUCAAAGCGAGGAUGACUUACCUUCUGAUACUCCCUCAAACGCAGCUGGUUUAUUUUCCGUUGAGACAAAAAUCCCCGACGCUGUCUACUUCUGCUCUGUGGAGCCUCCCUCCUUGUCCCAGCAGAAAAAUCUCGACCUGGCUCUGAUGCAGCUCCAGAGGGAAGAUCCCAGUCUCAAGGUUCGGUACGAUGAGACAACUUUUCAGACAGUUCUUGGGGGAAUGGGGGAACUCCAUCUGGACAUUGUGAAAUCUAGAAUUCUCUCAGAGUACAAAGUGGAUGCGAUGUUGGGACCUUUGCAGAUAGCCUACAGAGAAUCUCUGGAUGUUGAUCAGGCCAGGGAUUCUCUGCAGGUGGAGAAGGAUAUUGCUGGGAGUAGACAAAGGAUGUCAAUUGAGUUGUCUCUGCGUCAGGGACAGAAGGAGAAAUUUAUUGUGGACACGAGCAAAGACGCAGGCGAAGGAUUGACUUCCUUGCGUCCGAGGCACUUGUCCUUGGUGAAAAAGGGCAUUUUGGCGGGGCUGGAAAGGGGACCGAAACUCGGGGGAUCAGUUGUGGACACUUAUGCCGUUCUCCAUGAUAUUAGUAUUGGACCAGGAGCUGUCGAUUCCUUCAUAAUCGCCACAGCGGCUCAGUGUGUCCAGAAGAUCCUCAGGGAAGCUGGCUGUCGGCUUCUUGAGCCCAUAAUGUCCCUGGAAAUUAUCGCUCCGGGAGACCUAAUGCCUCUUAUCGUUCCGGAUUUGAGCAGGAGACGUGCUACAAUCCUGGACAUGUGUCCAAAGGGAGAGUUCAAUAAGCAAUUGAAGGUUCAUGCCCCUCUUGCUGAAUUGUCCAAUUACUCAAGUUCCCUGAGGAUCCUGACAUCUGGCAGAGCGACAUUCUUCAUGGAAUACAGUCACUAUGCCCCAAUGACAUCCCAGGACCAGGAGAUUGCCAUUAAAACUGCCCAAGGACUCAUGUAGAUAGCAAAUAAUUUGAGAAAGUUCAAUAAAAGAAAUAGAAAAU